AUGCCAGCUCGACACGCUCCGGCAGGCUGGGUGGCGAUAGUGUCCUUUCUGCAGCGCUUCCCACCGGCCUGCCAUCGGCGAGCUUGUCUCCGCCGUAUUGACGACAACAUCCUCGUCAACACAGAGGGUGCUACCGUCGAGGGCAGGCGUCCUCCUCGCCCGGCUAAAGUCGCCGCGGCCAACAAGAUCAAGGCAUCGGGCUCGCGUUACCGUUCCUCGACGCCAAGUGCUACCGGGGCGACUCGAGCCCACGAUGUCCACAGCCCCGACACUGCAGUCACGGCGGAGGCGGUCGCGGUGCGCAGAAACCCCAGUCGGACUGUUCGGUCCCACUGGAGGACUGUCACUCCCAGCACGUCUGGGGCCACACGCCGCCUCCCCACCUCGGGGACAACUGCCCAAAGUGACAUGACACCCCCGACUUCCAUGUCGAACUGGAGAACUAUCUCCACUGCGACGGCUACUCGCGCGGCCCGCACACGCACAGCUGACCUUCCGUUGAUGCCCGAAAUCCCUUGGUCGCCCACUACCGCCUUCCCCAAGCCCAAGCAUAUCGAUAUCGUUUUGGAUGGGCCCCAACCACCUGUACCCGUGGAUCUCGGCACUCACCCCCCCCACGGCAUUGGCAUACUCUCGCUGGACGAGCUGCGCUCUCUCCCACAGCCAUCAAUACCUUGUGACUCUUACCCACUGCCGAGGCUUCGCGCGACACUGCGGGUGUUUAUCCCGCGCCCGGUUGCAGACCCGCCCACGUCUGAUUUUGCCACAGAGAGGUCUAGGUACGCCGCGUGGGCGUUGCUUGGAACUCCUCUCAGUCGCCCCAACCUCGUUGGCAUGUUCGAGUUGUCAAUCGUCCACUACCUUGAGGGUAUCAAGGAGAAGAAAAUCCAUCACAAGUACUUCUUCGCCGUGGCCAAAGCGUUUGGAGGACCGCACGGUUGGGUCGAUUGGCUUCUGGGCACCUUGGUGGGUUUGCCAGCUCUACGUGAAAAAGCCCUUCACGGGCGGAUUAUCACCCAGAAAGCCCUCGAUUCAGUGCCGCGGGUUGGCAACGGGCCCGAGUCCGAUGUCGUGGGGCUUUACUGUCUCGAAGGUGCCAUCCUGGCUCGUUUCUUAGCCUCAGGUUACCCGGGGAAGUACGGCGGUGUAUCCUGGAGCAAGGUGUUUGCCCGAUCAGCAACAGAAGUAACCAAAAGGGUCCGAAAGCAGAGGGGAGUCGGCAAGAGAAUCCAGCGGCACACCUGCCCUGUUUGGCGUGCCAAAGAGGGCAUGGCGCUGUACAAGGAGGGCAUGGACCUGCCCGAGUUCGACAACAUCGACUGGUUCUUCUCUCACGUACAGAUGUACAGCUUCGAGGAACUCGACAAAAUCGUGACGAAGAUCGCCGAUUUCCCCGAGUUCAAAGGCAAAGCGGACCUGGCCCGCAUUGCGUGGAGCGUUGUCGUCAGGUGCGAGUUUGUCGUGUUCACAGCGCUCGGCCACUACUGUUCACCUCUCAUCGUCCAAGAAGCCUCCAAGAGAGACCUGCUCUUGGCUCCGUUUACCGCCAACACCUUCAAUCGUGGUUCUCCGCUGGCGCGAUGCGGCAGCUUGUUCAACCCAGUGACAGGCGCCGCCGCGGGCAAGAUUGUUGGCAAGAUUGCCAACAAAGUCAAACACCGAGCGACGUGGGCCAAGACGAAACUGCCGGGAUGGACGGGCGGAACAAGCUAUGUGUUAACGGCUGGCUACUCGGACCCGAACGACGUCGACGGCAUCGUCACUGUUGUCCACUCGCAGAUGAUGAGAGACGAUUUUGAGGCGCUCCAUGGAUUGAAAGUGCCAGUGCAGUUCCGACUGAGAUUUCCUCACGGAAGUGGAGCCUUCGUGAAGAAGAACCACAAGAUUAAGCUGGUCGGAUCGACUGUACGUAUGACCAUUGCCCCCGACCCGGUGUCUGGCCGCCUCGACCCGGAUACAAGCGCCAUCCAGGUAUUCCAUGCCCCGACCAAUAAGCUGCUCCUGUCAUUCACGUACGGGCAGGCCGUUCAGAUGGAGCUGCAAUACGAGAAGAAGCGCAAGCGUAAGACGCGUCGCGACGGCGCCAACCGCGCCGACACGGUUCGCAUGGCAAUUCUCAUUUUCAAACACAUGAAGGAGUACCUCCCGACCGCUCCACUCUAA